AUGUUGAGCAUGAAACUUGCUAAAGUUGCCACUCUUCAUAUUAUCUAUUAUGAACUCGAAGCAAAAAAUAAUUCUGAACCUCAGCAAUUUCUAUUCAUAGAAAAGAAUCCAGAAUAUGCAAAAGAAUUGCUUACCUGGAUUCAAAAUGCAAUAGCAACCAAAAAGUUACACAAUCCUGUCUAUAGUAUUAGUGAAAAAUGCAGUAUAGGAAGUUUAUAUAGUCAAAAUCCAACUUCACAAUAUCUCGAAUUCCUUAGCAGAGCUGCAAUAAGGCAUAAGAUAGACCAUUUUGAUUCUGGAAAAUAUUAUGCUGAGGAUGAUACUUCAGAUUCUAACCUUCACUUAAAUUUAGAGCCUGAACUUAAAACUCUAGCUUCCACACUCAAGCCAAUUAAUGAGAAUAUUUCCGAAAUUGAUGAUAUCUAUAACUUAUAUAGAGAUACUAUUGCUGAAAUCGGCUCAAAACUUUCAUUAG